AUUCCCAUUCAGGCUUUCCCCGGCAUUUAUUAAGGGCUCUCCGCUCCUGCCUCUCAUCUCACUCUCACUCUCCUCUGCUCCAACUCCACUUGCUUGAGAGCCUCUUGCUCGCCUCCGCCCGCCGGCUGUGGAAGGAACUUUGUCUCACAGCAAUGCAUCUCCUCGCGAUUCUGUUUUGUGCUCUCUGGUCUGCAGUGUUGGCCGAGACCUCGGAUGAUUAUGAUCUCAUGUACGUGAAUUUGGACAACGAAAUAGACAAUGGACUCCAUCCCACCGAGGACCCCACGCCGUGCGACUGUCGCCAGGAGCACUCCGCGUGGGACAAGCUCUUCAUCAUGCUGGAGAACUCGCAGAUGAGGGAGGGCAUGCUGCUGCAGGCCACCGACGACGUCCUCCGGGGCGAGCUGCAGAGGCUGCGGGCGGAGCUGGGCCGGCUGGCGGGCCGGACCUACGCGCCCUGCGGGGCUGGGCCGCCCGGCGCUGGCUGCCGGCAGGUAAGAGGCCCGGCGGGCCGCCUCCCCCCCCCCCCCCGCUUUGUUUGCGCCAAGUCGGGCCACCUCCAAGAGGCGCUUUCCGAGGGAGACACACACACGCCUUUAUUUCUGCACACACGGUCGCAGAGCUCAGACACACCAUGCGAGGCGGGAAAACUGGCUUUGAAAAAAAAAGGAGCUCUGGUUUCCCGCGCUAUUUCGGGGCCCAGACUAACUUUUAGGGACGUUUUCCAGCCCCUCCUCCCCGCCCAUUCCUUGAGACUUGAUGCUGAAUCUGAUCUCCUGAAGGGUCAGCGGAAUUCCCCAGGGGUCCCCAAGGCAGGGUCUGUGAAAUUAGCACAACAGUGGAGGUCGGAGGGUUUGCGGUCUGGGAAUCAACACGGAAUAGUGAGAUGUGGGACCCCGGCCCGACCCCAGGGAUUCGGAGAAUGCGGCCAAACAGGGGAGAGACAGUUCAAAUCAGAUACAACUUGUCAAAGUCCCAUGUGGCACUCCAUGAAUCUCCAAACAGACGUGGGUCCCCCAAAUAAUACACUGCAAAGAUGUUUAAAGGAAAGAAAUAGAAGAUUUGGAGCCAGUUACUUUCUUGCUACUCUAGGCUGUGAAACAGCGAUUUUAUUCCCGAUGCGUUCCAAGAAGAUUUUUGGAAGCGUGCAUCCGGAGAGACCCAUGAAGCUCGAGUCUUUUAGUGCCUGCGUUUGGGUCAAAGUCACUGAUGUAUUAAACAAAACCAUCCUGUUUUCCUAUGGCACCAAGAGAAAUCCAUAUGAGAUCCAGCUCUACCUCAGCCAUCAGUCCAUAGUGUUCGUGGUGGGUGGAGAGGGCAACAAACUGGUUGCUGACGCUGUGGUUUCCCUGGCAACGUGGACCCACCUAUGCAGCACCUGGAAUUCAGAAAAAGGGCUCACGUCCUUGUGGGUAAAUGGUGAGCUGGUGGCUACCGCUGCCGAGAUGGCCCUAGGUCACAGUGUUCCUGAGGGAGGAAUCCUGCAGAUUGGCCAAGAAAAGAACGGCUGCUGUGUGGGCGGAGGCUUUGAUGAAACAUUAGCUUUUUCUGGGAGACUCACAGGCUUCAAUAUCUGGGACCGUGUUCUCAGCAAUGAAGAGAUAAGGGAGACUGGAGGAGCAGAGUCCUGUCACGUCCGGGGGAAUGUCGUUGGCUGGGGCGUCACAGAGAUCCAGCCACAUGGAGGAGCUCAGUACGUUGUCUAAGUAUUGUGAAAUCUACUUGAAGCCAAAGAAAGAAACUCACAUUUAAAAUAUAUGCCAGUUGGGAAGGUCUAAAAAGCCUCAAUGCAUAAUAAGAACAUUUGAGACUAAUGAAGGAAAGAGUUGAGAUCAAUCUUUAUUUAUCUCGGCAAAAUACUGAAUAAACAGUUGAGGGGAAGACAUGGAAGGAAGCUUUGGGGGAUAUUGUUACUAGACUUUAUGCCAUGGUGCUUUCAGAUUAAUGCUGGUCUCUGUCAGAUAAACUCUCAAAUAAUUAAAAAGGACUGUAUUGUUGAACAGAAAGACAAUUGUUCCACUUUUCUUUGGUUAAUUUUGUUUUGGCCAGAGAUGAAUUUUACAUUGGAAGAAUAACAAAAUAAGACUUGUUGUCCAUUGUUUAUUGUUAUUGGUAUGUACCCUAUUACAAAAAAUGAUGAAAACAUAUUUAUACUAGAAGGUGACUUAACAAAUAUAAAUGUAGUUUAUGUGUUAUACUCGAAUGUCACUUUUUUGAGAGGACAGCCCUAUAAGUUAUAUUGGGAAAUGGAUUUGUAUUAAUUUUAUUAAGACUAUUUUUGUAAAGCUCUACUGUAAAUAAAAUGUUUUAUAAAACUAA